AUGAGACAAAAAGGUCGGCCUCACACCUAUGUCCCAUUCUAUGAAAUCUUUUGUAUUUGUGCACUCGGUAUCAAUCAAAGAACCAAAGAAAAUAACAAAUAAGACAACGGUCCCGAGAGCUUAGUGGCAUAUGUGUUGACAUUGCUAGAGACCACCAGCAAUACCGAGUAAUUGCAUAUUCGUCUUCUCUCCCCAACAAUGUUGCUUUUCUUUCUAAAAACUGUAUUUUGUAUCCAUAAUAUCCCAGAUUUGGUUAUCCUACGGGUCUUCGUAAAAAACUGUGGAGAGUUGGCACUAGAAAAUGCACGUGGCAUGGAAACAACUUAUAUCCUCGCUUAUCAAACCACAUACAAAGAUCUCCACCAACCAGCCCUCAUCGUUGCAGGUUGCUUUGCCUUCAUAGCUGUAGUCCUCUCCACCAUUCUAAUUUUCCAACAUCUCAGAUCAUACACCAAUCCUGCGUUUCGUUCCAGGAGCAAAAAUGGAUUGUUGCGGUUCUUCUCAUGGUUCCUAUAUAUGCUAGUGAAUCAAUUUUAUCCUUGUGCAACCCAAAAUGGUCCCUGGCAUGUGACAUUUUAAGAAACUGCUAUGAAGCAUUUGCCUUGUAUUCUUUUGGGAGUUACCUGAUUGCCUGCCUUGGUGGUGAACAAAAAGUGAUAGAGCUACUUGAAGAUGAAUCAAGAAAACUGCUCAGCAAGCCAUUACUAGAAGGAGCAGAUGACGAACCAAAGUCAAAAGAAAGAAGAUGUUGCAAUUUUUUCAUCCAACCAAGUGUGCUCGGAAAAGACUUGCUGACAAUAGAGAAAUUUGGUCUUGUGCAGUAUAUGAUUUUGAAGACUUUUUGUGCAUUCUUGGCACUAAUAUUGGAGCUCUGUGGUGUAUAUGGUGAUGGAGAGUUCAAGUGGUGCUAUGGGUACCCAUACAUCGCAGUGGUACUGAACUUCAGCCAGAUGUGGGCAUUGUAUUGCCUAGUGAAGUUUUAUAAUGUUACUCAUGAAAGACUUCAACAUAUAAAACCACUUGCAAAGUUUAUCAGCUUCAAGGCUAUUGUGUUUGCUACUUGGUGGCAAGGUGUGGGUAUUGCUUUAUUGUGUAAUCUUGGGGUUUUGCCCAAGGAAGGAAAAUUACAGACUGGAUUGCAGGAUUUUUUAAUCUGCAUAGAAAUGGCUAUUGCAGCUGUUGCUCAUGUUUUCGUCUUCUCAGCGAAACCCUAUCAAUACUUGCCAGCUUCGGAGCAUGGCAAGGUUACCACCAAAACAACCAAAGCAAUGCUGACGUUAGAGGAGGAGGGUGAUAAGGAAACACCGGCCAUCCUUGAAAAGACGGAGACUGAGGUCAAGGCUCCUGGAACGAGUGUCAAAGAAAGCAUUCAAGACAUUGUUGUUGAAGGCGGUCAACAUGUGGUGAAGGACGUCGUGUUGACCAUAAAUCAAGCGUUUGAACCAGUGGAAAAGGGCAUGACCAAGAUCCAGGAAACUUUCCACCAAAUAUCAAUGGGGUCAGAUGAUGAGAAAGAAGAGCGAGAAGUUAAAGUUGAGGAACAUGUUCUUACAGGAGGGGGAUCAGGAUCUCACAUUUUUACUUCUGAAGAAAAGGUAAUUAUUGAUAGCAGUCGUCGAGAUGAGAGCUGAAGACACAUAAACAAAACAAAAAGAAAAAAGAUUAUUGUCAAGUGAUUAUAGGGGUAGAUAUCAGUUUUUUGUUUUAAAAACAAAAUAUUCAUGGUAAAUUUCAUUUAGAUAAGAGGGUUUUAUGGUUGCUUUUUUGAUCUAUUUCUGAAGACUGUCACCAACAAUGUCUUCUGUUUACUUCUACAAGUUAUUUGGUUGGAGCGUAGUAUUAGGAUGUUUGAGGACAAGUAUGAAAUCAAUGUUUCUCUUUGGGGUAGUGAAUUUUUUAGCGAAAUUAAAUGCUUGAAUAAUAUUUAUAAAUAAAUUUUAUUGCUAGUAAUGAGAAUUCUCAUCACUGCCUAUGA